AUGGUGAUUUCAAAUUUUAGAAUGCCCAUCCAGGCACCUCAGUGGACGGAGUUCCUUUCGUGUCCAGUAUGCUGCAACUCCUUUGAUGAGAAACUUCGCAGUCCAAUAAGUUUGGGCUGUAGCCAUACAAUAUGCAGGGUUUGUCUUUCAAACUUACCAAGGAGACAGUGCCCCUUUGACCAGACAAACAUUAGUAUUGACAUUGAAAACUUGCCCAUCAACACUGCUCUAUUGCAACUGGUUGGACCAAAUAUAAGGAAUGACAAUGAUGAAAUUGACUGUAAGAUUAUUCCUAGGGAAUACCUAGAUUAUUAUUUACAAUGUAAAAGGUACAUUGAACAGCUUGCUCUAUAUUUGAAGCCCUAUCCUAGUGGAAGUGUGUGUAGUAGUGGAAGUAUCCUUUCAAGACCUAUGCAAAGAAAACUAGUCACGCUGAUCAACUGUCAGUUAGUAGAAGAUGAAGGAAGAACAAGAGCUAUGCGAGCUGCUAGAUCGUUGGGCGAAAGAACAGUUACCGAACUUAUUCUGCAACAUCAAAAUCCCCAACAGCUGUCUGCAAAUUUGUGGGCUGCUGUUAGAGCUAGAGGUUGUCAGUUCCUAGGGCCAGCCAUGCAAGAAGAAGUGCUAAAACUCGUACUUUUAGCAUUGGAAGAUGGCUCAGCGUUAUCUAGGAAGGUUUUGGUGAUGUUCGUCGUACAACGGCUAGAGCCGCAUUUUCCGCAGGCUUCCAAAACCAGUAUAGGACACGUUGUGCAAUUGUUAUAUAGAGCUUCUUGUUUUAAGGUUUCGAAAAGAGAAGGCGAUUCCUCACUGAUGCAACUCAAAGAAGAAUUCCGAACGUACGACGCCCUCCGCCGAGAACACGACGCCCAGAUCGUUCAAAUAGCAACCGAGGCAGGAUUGAGAAUUGCCCCGGACCAAUGGUCGGCUCUAUUAUAUGGAGACACUGCACAUAAAUCGCAUAUGCAGAGCAUUAUCGACAAACUUCAGACUCCUCAGAGCUUUGCUCAAUCUGUGCAGGAGUUGGUGAUUGCUUUACAGAGAACUGGGGAUCCCGGGAAGUUGUCGGUGUUGAGGAACCAUUUGGAUUUGUUGGCUGCGAUCGAUCCUAGUCCUGAAUCCACUUCUCCAUCAUGGAGUGCAUGCGCAGAAUGUCUGGAAGCAGUUCGACAAGUUGUGGCCGGCCUCGUAGAGUUCAUUCACCAACAUGGAAGUAGAAAACUGCAAGAUACUGCGCACUCACAGCAUGCAAAGUACAAGAUCAGCAUGUGUAGGGAUUUAACUUUGAGGGGAAGUUGUCCAAGAGGAACGAACUGCACUUUUGCACACUCGAACGAGGAGCUGGAAAAGUAUAGAGCAAAGAAUCGCAAGACGAUAACAAGAAAUAAAGAGCACCGUAUAGAAAAUCACUCGCCAACUGAAAAACCCUUCAACCAAUCAGAAGACUAUUACUCCAUCUCUAACACAUCGACAGUAAGUCCGGUACCACUACAGCCAGUAGUCCAGAUACCUAGAAUGGGAUAUGACGUACCGUUCCAUCCCAACCCAACGUAUCCUUCAACGCAGCCAUUUUCACAACCUGUUUAUCAACCUCAACCUUCCAGUUUUCCUGUUCAUGAAAUUUAUUCGCCUCCAAACCACGGGAACAUUGUCCUCGCAAAUGGAGGGCAGUAUUAUCAACCGCAGCAAGGAGAGUAUCCUUCCAUUGGAAAUCAGCCACAACAAGGAGUUGAUAUGAAGAGGUCUUGGGAAGUAGUGAUGUCACAAAUAGCCAAAAACCAGAACUUCAACCAACAACCGAAACUGAACAGAAGCUCGACUAAGAGCUUAGCCGAGCUACACCAACGAAAACAAGAAGUAAUUUCUCAGUUAGAGAAGGUGGUAGGCAAAAAUGCUGCUACGGAGAUUUCGAACCACGCAAGCACAUUGGCUAGACAAGAAUCGCAACAGGAUUUAGAGAGCCCGACAUCGCCCUACAAUUUUUGGCCGCAUAUUACCACCUCCGCUCCUACGUUUGUUAGAUCAGACUCGAUUUUGGCCGCUGAUGACGACUGCGUCCCCUACGACUCGCCAGCUAUUAGUAAAUAUGGACCUAUUUCGCGGAUGCCUAAAGAUAACGGGAUUAAUCAGUCCGUUGGUGGUCAGUUCAGAGAUAAUCAAGCCUUGAUCCGACGACCUGUCACCUCAGCAAGUCCACUAACUUAUUUUAACUACAAUAACAACAGUCACUAUCAUCAAGCGGCUAUACCAACUGGUCAUGCCAUGGUAGGACAUCCAGGUAGCGAAGGAUUUGUUGCUUAUAAUUCACAAUUUCUCUUUCAUCCGAGACUCCAAGAUCCCUCCAAAGAACUGAUCGCCGAAUCGCAGAGGGUGAAGCUUCAACUACGAAACCUCGAGAAACAACUAAACGAUCUUAAAAUCGCUACUCAAGGUGUGACUAAUUUGAGUGACAGCGAAAGACUGACGCAGGAGCUUCAGUUGAUCGAGCAAGGCAUACAGGAGAAGCAGAAGGAGGCUUGUCUGUCAAAAAUCGUCCAAUCCCUCAACCAAGUGAUGGGAAACUACAACAACGGCAACCCAUCAGGGACCUCAGACGACGCCAUGUACGAAGCAGGCAUAGCCAACGACAUGCGCGAGCUAGAACUGAGAUUACAGGAAGAAUUAGAGGAAUGGAGCGGUGAGGACUCACCAAAGUAA